UUCGCCUUUUUUUCAACUUUUUUUUAAACAGCCUUGCACUUUCAUUUUUUUUUAUCUCUCUCCUUCCAUCUCUCUGACAGGCCAACACCCAUUGUUAUUUCUUUUUCUCCCCUUUUAUCUUUUCCAUAUUUCUAUACACUUGAAAUAUCAUCAAUGGCAUUCCUCAGCAGCACCAAAACCAGGGUUUAUAUAAGAAAUCUGCUUUGUUUUUUUUCCAUAUUGUUUUGCUUUUCCCCCUUCUCUUUUUCCUCUUCUUCUGCUUCAAUCCAUGAUCUUCUUGUUUCAAGAGGGUUACCAGCAGGGCUGCUUCCAAAGGAAGUAAAAUCCUAUACCCUUUCAGAAAAUGGAACCCUGGAAGUUUUGUUGGAUGGACCAUGCUUGACCAAGUAUGAGAAUAGGGUGUUCUUUGACAGUGUUGUAAGGGCUAACCUUACCUAUGGCAGCCUCAUUGGUGUUGUUGGGUUAACCCAAGAAGAACUCUUCCUGUGGUUACCUGUUAAAGACAUCAUUGUCGAUGAUCCUAAUUCUGGUCUUAUUUUGUUUGACAUUGGUGUUGCUCACAAACAACUUUCCUUAUCUCUCUUUGAAGAACCUCCCGACUGUAAACCUCAAGGAAUAUUGAAGAAGAAUCAUGUGAGGAAGGAGAAAGGGUUUGAGGCUAUGAGAUAGAAAAAGAUUCCAAGCUGUUUCAAUUUUUGUCUUUUUUUUUUAUAUAUAAAUAUGUAAUAAUUGAUUAGGGUUUUUUAAUUAUAGUUAAAUAUAAUUAAUUUUUGGUUAUGUUUAGGAGUUGUAAAGUGGAUUUCUUGGAAUCUAAUAAUAUCCUAAUCAAGU